AACGCCUGCCACAGGUGAUCAAAGCAGGCGUCGAAGUGGUCUCUCUAAGUCUGGAGCGAUGAGCUUUCCGAUCGGGGAGUAUGUUGAUGUGCGGCGGCCAUCUGGGCACGCCAUGUGGUGCUCGGACCGCACGGAGAUUCAAUUGCAGGGAAGUG